AUGCACAAUUUUUUUUGCUGCUUUAAAGGAGAUGAUGAUCAUUCGCGAAACAUUGAACGACAACUUCGGAGAGAGAAGAAACAGCUUCGCCGUCAAGUAAAAAUCUUACUGCUUGGCUCUGGAGAAUCUGGCAAAUCCACAUUUAUAAAACAGAUGGUGAUAAUUCAUGGUAAGGGCGAAUUUACAGCCGAUGAAGUCAGAGCUUACAGGCAACAAAUAUAUCAGAAUGUGAUCUCAGCUAUGCGAGUGUUGCUCGAUGCCAGACAGAAACUCGGGUUUGCGUGGGAAGACCCGAGACGUAAUCGGCAUGUUGACGCUGUGAUGAGAUUCACAGCAACCGAUUUGAUGAAAGGUAUUGAUCAACCAACGUUUUCUGAUGUAGCUCUACUUAUUCGUGACUUAUGGGAUGAUCAAGCAAUUAAGCAAACUUAUGAACAACGGAAUCUUUUUCAAAUUUCAGACUCUUGUAUUUACUUCUUCGAACACAUCAACCGAAUAGCGAUGCCAGAUUUCUACCCUACUAACCGAGAUAUUCUUUUUUGUCGUAAGGCUACAAGGGGUAUUACGGAGCAUACGUUUGAAAUCCAAAAGAUACCUUUCAGGUUCAUCGACGUUGGGGGUCAGCGAUCGCAACGGCAAAAGUGGUUCCAGUGUUUCGAGGAUAUUAUGAGUAUUUUAUUUAUGGUAGCUUCAUGCGAGUACGAUCAAGUUAUAUUAGAAGAUCGGCGGACUAAUCGUGUCGUAGAAUCUCGGUCAAUAUUUGAAACAAUUGUGAAUAAUAAGUCUUUCGCUAAUGUUUCUGUGAUACUAUUUAUGAACAAAAGCGAUUUGUUGGAAAAAAAGGUUCCUAAGUCGGACAUACGUCAGUACUUCGCUGAUUUUACUGGUGAUCAUCGUAGUGUACGUGAUGUUCAAUAUUUCUUGGUGGAUAAAUUUGAGAAAAGCAGGCGUGAAAAACGACGGCCAUUUUUUUACCACUUUACAACAGCCGUUGAUACCGAGAAUAUUAGAAGGGUAUUCAAAGAUUGUAGAGAGACAAUUUUAGAGCAAAAUCUCAAAACAUUGAUGAUGCAGUGA